AUGAACAUUUUGUUAUCGCCGCAGCCGCAACCGCCGUCUUUCUUCCCUCAUCAACACGAGACCAAUAGACGGUCACCUACUCGCUCAAUUUCUCCUUUUCAUAACACUAUGGCUAGUAACCGAAAGCGAAAGGCCGACGACGAUGGCGAUGAGAUGUCGGUCUCACCCCUCAACUCCCCUGCUGCUCAAUCACGACAGCUCGCGGCUAGACCAUCGAAGAAAGUCCGGGCAAAUGAAGUAGCGGGGCGGCCUCUAUCGCUCCCUCGACUCCUCGAGACCCUCGACAUCACGCAACUGCGAACUGUGCUACAGACAAUCUGCGAGCGACAACCGGAAAUUGGAGAAGAGGUCGUCAAAAGCGCUCCGAAGCCCUCCGUCGACUGCGCGCUACGAGUAUUGAAAGAAUAUCAGGACAAACUACGAGAUGCGUUCCCUUACGGCGAUUCGAGUUCCGAUUACACAUACUACCGGGUCAAACAUCAACUGAUGGCACUGAUCGAUGCCCUUGCUGACUUCACACACCAAUUUCUUCCGCCUAACGAGACAAGUGCCAACCUCUCGCUACAAUAUCUACAUGGCGCCACGAAGGUAGUACACAGCUUGCCUGACUGGGAAAGCCAAAGCCACAGACAUCAUAAAGAGAACGUCUACUACGAAAUAUCACAAGCCUGGGCUUUGGUUAUCAAUGAGGCCUCUAAGAAAGGGGCCGGCUUCCUCUUACAUUCGGGUGGUUGGGACCAAAAGCUUGCUAAGCACAAUCUUCAAUCGGGUGGCAGGUUAGGUGCUGCCAUCUCCUCUAUGGCCGCGAAUGUCGGAUGGGUCGGUGGAAAUUCAGGCAACACUGCCUCAAAUACACCUGCCAACCAAAGCUCCAUUCUGGACCAGUUGAUGGCUGGCAAUUAUAGCGCGCCUGUUCCUGUCGGACGUUGGUAG